AUGUCCGAUAUUGGUUCCAGCAUUCAAUCUCAAUUGAAAAGUUUCGACACAAAAUUUGCCGGAAAUAACGUUUUGCAGCAAUUGGAAGAUAAAACUAAACUUCCAAAGUCCUACUUGGCAGUUUCUGCUAGUUUUGUUUACCUUUUGCUAAUUUUCAUCAACGUCGGAGGGAUUGGUGAAAUCUUGGCUAACAUCGCCGGCUUUGCCGUUCCAGCUUAUUUCUCUCUUUUUGCUUUAAAGACUUCUGACAAGCAGGAUGACACCGAGCUUUUGACCUACUGGAUUGUCUUUGCGUUCUUGAACGUUAUUGAGUUCUGGUCCAAGGCUAUCCUGUACUUGAUCCCAUUCUACUGGUUCCUCAAGACUAUUUUCCUACUCUACCUAGCUUUGCCUCAAACUGGUGGUGCCACUUUUAUCUACAAGACAAUCAUUGCUCCAGUCAGCGAUAGAUACAUUGUUGUUAAGAACAAGAAGUCAGAUGACAUCAGAAGUGCUGUCAAUGAAGCCGCUGGUAAGACUACUGGUGCUCAAAUUCAUUAA